AGAGUCUUAAUUAGACAACAAACUCCUUAGUCUCUUCAUUCCAGCUUUUUUAACUAAAAGUCCUCACUGCUAUCUUUCUCCCAUAGCUAGCUACACAUUUUAUCCACUUUCAUUUCUGCACCAGAAAGCAAAAGCAACAAGAACAAGAGAAACACUCGGAGCCAAAAGAAAUAAUUAUGACAAGCAGCAAGAAUCCUCAGAAUGAUGAUCAAAUGCUACUUAUUUCUCAGUACUAUCCUGGUAACUACACUCAACAGUUACCUCAACAAGGAGAGGCGAAACCAAGGAGAAGAAGAAAGAAGAACAAAGGAGAAGCAAGUGGGGUAAUGAUGAGGAAGAGAAAGCUUAGUGAUGAACAAGUGAAUAUGCUCGAACAGAGUUUUGGGAAUGAGCACAAACUUGAGUCAGAGAGGAAAGACAAGCUUGCUUCAGAGCUAGGACUUGACCCGAGGCAAGUUGCCGUGUGGUUCCAGAACAGAAGGGCUAGAUGGAAGAGCAAGAAGCUGGAGGAAGAAUACUCUAAGCUCAAGAAUGAACAUGACAUUAACAUUGUUGACAAAUGCCGUCUUGAAAAUGAGGUUUUGAAGCUAAAGGAGCAGCUGUCUGAAGCAGAGAAGGAGAUACAACGGCUGCUGAUGGACGGCGUUCCGAGCAAUAGCCCAACUACUUCAUCACUCUCAAUGGAAGCAGCCAUGGAACCUCCUUUUCUUGGGGAAUUCGGAUUGGAUAAUGGAUUUUAUGCACCUGAAAACACUUAUGCUCAGGGAUUGGAAUGGGUUAACCUGUACAUGCCAUAUCACAUGUGAUUAAUUUAAUAUUCAACUUUUUAGUAUUAAGCCCGCAAAAAUCUAUGUAUAUGUAGAUAAUGACCCAACUAAUUACUAUGUCUGUACAUUAGUCUUUUCACCGUUGGUUUACUAGUGUGUGUUAUUGUUAGUAUUUGACUAGCUAGGAGCUAGCAAGAUGGAAUAUACUAUAACUUGGCUUUU